UAAAUAUCGCGAGAGGGCGGGCCCGCUUGGCUUUGGCGUCGGCGUCGCUCCGGCGUUGGGGAGCUAGGCCGGCUUUUCGUCUGGGGCCGCCGAGAAAGUGCCGGUGACUCAGGGCGCGCUGAAGGCCGCCAGCUGCGCGGCGUCGGCUUUAGCGUCCGGGUCGUUGUGUGUUGACAGGGACGCCGGGAGUUGUCUCCGCUACAGCAGGUGCAGCCGCUUUAGCCCCCGAGCGGACUGCGCGGCUGCCUGGCGACUCUGCUCCCUCCCGCCCUGCCUUAUCCUCCGCGGACCCCGCGCCGAACAGUGACGCUGAGCCGACCGCCGGAGGGGCGCGCAAUGGCGGCCUCGACGGCCUCGCACCGCCCCAUCAAGGGGAUCCUGAAGAACAAGAGCUCUGCGACUUCCUCGGUGGUGCCCGCGGCCGAGCAGCCGGGCAGGAGUGUGGACGAAGAGCUGAGUAAAAAAUCCCAGAAGUGGGAUGAAAUGAACAUCCUUGCAACAUACCAUCCAGCAGACAAAGACUAUGGCUUAAUGAAAAUAGAUGAACCUAGCACUCCUUACCAUAGUAUGGUAGGUGAUGAUGAAGAUGUACUGAGUGAUUCAGAACCCACUGAAGCCCUGACCCCAGAUGUCUUAGCUAAGAAAUUAGCAGCUGUUGAAGGCUCAGAGCUAAAGUAUCGGAUUCAUGAAGAAGAAAGCAGUGAAGAUGAAGACUGUGACCUCUCACCUGAAGAACAAGAAAAAAAACGGCAGUUUGAAAUGAAAAGGAAGCUUCACUACAAUGAAGGACUAAAUAUUAAACUAGCUAGACAGUUAAUUUCAAAAGACCUACAUGAUGAUGAUGAUGAUGAUGAAGAAGAAGAAGAAAUGUUGGAAAUUACAUCUGGUGAAGGCAUGAAUGCAGAAGAAUCAAGUCAAGAACCUGCUACCGGAGAACUACUACAAAACAAUUCACAGAGUUCAUAGAAGAGACUUGCUCAACACUGUUACUGUUUUGUCACAUACAGACCUGUUACUAGAACACACUGCUUCUUGUUCUCUACAGUUUAUGACUUACGUACCAAAAUACAAGUUAUUAUAUAUUGCCAAGAAUUAAAUAACUUUAGAGAUUAAUGAGACUGAAAAUACCUAAUUGAUAUGUAUAUUCUUGUGCCUAGUACUUCAUCACAAAUACAGCAUAAUGUCACCAGUCCAAAAACACAUUACUUUUGUAAGAACACUGGUUAAUUUGUAUAAGAUAUUGUAUGGCUUUUUAUGCAUUAGAGGUUAAAUAUCUUUUGGGGUGGAUCUAAUUUAUUUUCACUUCUAGACAUCAAAGGUCUUUUAAAGUUUUUUUUAAGUCAAAAUGCAACUAGAAUAUGACAUUAUAUAGGCUGAUAUUCAAUCUGAAAAGUGUUUUUUGGCAAAUAUCUUCAAUCUGAUUUUUCUGUUUAAUUGAAAUUACAAGUUAUGAUUGCAUUUUCUAGCUUUCUCCCUUUAAAACUACUCUUGAGUUUAUGUUUACAAGAAAAGGAAUGAUCCUUUUCUCAUCAAAACUAGCUUUUUCACAAAUUAUCAGGUUAAAAUUGCACUAAGCAUCUGCUCUCACUUUUAUAUACCCAAUGGGCAGACUUCAAAUCAGUUUCUAAAAUAAAUAUGAUUCUAACAUAGCCUCAGCAUUCUUAACUUCCUGCCUUUGUUUCUUACUCCUUUCCAUAUAUACACAUACACAAUACUUUACAUUUAUAACGAAUCAGAAAGGUCAUGAUUUUCAGAACUGUUUUCUUCUCAUACAUAGGUCUGUCAUUUGCUGCAACAAUGAAAUUCUUAUUUUGACUAUCAAUGCCUGUUCUUCUAAUACAUGGAGAAAAUAGAUAACCAGUAGCAAUAUUAUAGACAGAAAAUACAGUUCAGCUGCAGAAUUUCUACACUUAAUUUACUGCUUGCUAAUUAAAUUGUUAUUCUUUUGACUCAAUUUGACCUUUUUUUUUUUUUUUCAAUAUGAGAGAAUUGUGUAUAACUAAGAAUAAUAAUAUAGUUCUUAAAUGUACAGUCAGGGGUAUCCUGAACAGUUUUUAAUUUAAAAACUUCAAAAUAGUUCCUGCUUUAAGGAGAGGUGAUAAUGUAUACUAUGGCAAAUAUACUUUAUUCUUCUAACAGUGAGUUUUGAAUUUUUUUUCCCCUGAUGAAGUGCAUUUCCUAUGUAUCUUAUUUAGUGAUGGUUUCAAUUUCUAGUCGGUUAUUUGUAUCUCAAUUUUUUUGUUAGUACCAAAAGAAUCCAUUAUAUUAACAUAAUUUUAAAGUAAUUUCUGUAUAUUCUAUAUAUAAAAUUGUUCUUACUGAACAACUUACCUUCCACUUGCAAAGUCUAUGGAAAUACUAUUGUCAAAAUAAACAAAAAAAUUUAAAAAGCAGAAUUCUUUGCUGUUAGAAUAAUGUGUUUUUUCAGGAUUCGGGAGACAGCAUAAUGGUUAUACAAAAGACAUUUCAUGCCUGAGGCUCUAAAGUUCCAGGUUCAAUCCCCAGCACCACCAUAAACCAGAGCUGAUCAGUGUUCUGGCUUGUGCUCUCUCUCCCUCCGUCCUUCUCUCUCUUCCUCUCCCCACAUCUAUCUUCUAUCUAUCUACCUAUCUCUCAUUAAAAUAAGUAUUUAAAAAAGAAGAAUGUGCUUUUUAUCUUGAAUGUCUGUUGGGGGGGGGUGUAUUCAAUCAAAGUACUUCUCAACUGCAAGCACAAUAUUCUAACUAAAACAUAUUAGCUAGGAAUACCACUGAUUUGUAAACAACAAUAUGUGUCUGCUUUCUGAAUUUAGAAUGUUGCAGUAUACUUAUCUGUUUGAACCAGUUGGAGGGGCAGACAAGAUAGCAUAAUGGUUAUGCAAGAAGAAUUUUAGGCCUAAGGUUUCAAAGCCCCAGGUUCCAUCUCCACAGCCACCAUAAACCAAAGCUGAGCAGUACUCAGGUUAAAAAAAAAAACUGAAAUUUAAACCCAUUUGAGAGAAUUUAAGCUUGUAUAUGUAUUGUGUACAUAUAUUCCAUUUUUGGUUUUCUCAUUUUUGAACUCUAAAACUUUUUUCUAUAAAUUAGCUGUUGAAACAAAUAACAGGCAAUCUCAUUCUUGAUUUCAGGAAAAAGAUUACCUCAGAGGAGGAGUAAGACAUGGCAAAUAUUGAUAGCAUGCUCAGUAAGAUUUUAGGUAGUUGUUAAAUGUAAAUGAAUAAAACAUUUUCAUCAGGGUGUAAGUUAACAGCGGUAUUGGAUAACACAGAAACAUGAUCCUUGUGAUUCAAGUUAGACUUUGAAGGAAGUUAUCAUUCAGUGUUUGAUUCUAGCCAACAGUGAUUUUACUUUCUACCUUUUAGUUAUCACCUCUUCAAUUUAAUUCUUCAUUAUCAUCUUUUCUGCUUCAUUUUGAGUCUGAAUUUUGGCAGUGCUACUAUUAAAAUCUGAAACAAACAAUAGUAUAAAUGGAGUGUUUAACUUUAAAUUGAAGAUUAAAGCAAGAUGGCAGUUUUCCCUAGAUUUCCAUUUUGUCUACAUUUUGCCUUUUAGUACGCUCAAAAAAAAUGUUAAAAUAAAAUUUGGUAAUAUGACA